UCACUGAACACCGUCGAGGCGGCCACGGGAAAGAACGCGAUCGAGUUCCCGGUUUUUGCAUCGGUCACAGGCCAUGGACACGUCAAAUCCUGCAGCAUUUGUAAAUGCGGAGUUGCUUCCCAAUUUCAUAGGGAAGAAAGUUCGGACCGUGGUUCAAGUUCAUCAAUCUGAUGGUGGUGUUGCCGUUGGAAAAUCCACAGAUGACCGUCAGCUAACUGUGAAAGGAUUGCCACAGGUUCCUGCUAUGAAUUAUGUUGAGGUGAUUGGUAUUGCAGAGAGCGGCCAAUUGAUUAAUGCUGAGAUAUGGACUGACUUUGGCAACACAUUCGACACUGGCUCGUAUAAUAAAUUAUGCCAACUCGCAAAUGGGGAAUUCAGAAGUCUGUUUCUGUAGAGACAUUGACAGAUGCUGAAGAGCCUAUGAUGGUAAGGAGUUGCAGCUUUCAAGCUAAAGCGCACCUUCUAUCAUCUAAGUGGCAUAUGUUUGAAGUAUUUAUGAGGACUGAGGAAUGUUUUUGUUCCCAGAAAAGUAAUAGAUCAAUGCAUAGUAGGAAGUCUGUCCCAUAUUUGGAGUUCUAUUAACUUAUCACUUUGCUAUAUAUAACGUUUAGUUUUUAUUUGAUU